AUGGAAAACUCUGCUUUCCGUUCGGCAGCACCGACUCACUCAGUGCUGGAUCGCAGGAGCGGCGAAUUUGCUAAAAAUCGCCUGCUGAACCUCGCCUUCGAGGACGGCAGCCCGGACCACCUCCGAGAAGAUAACACCGAAGAGCCAAAGAGUGUCCCCGCCGAUGUCUUCAAGCAAGGGGUGCAAGAGCACGCAAUUAUGCUGGGCAUGCUUCUCCCAGAAGACGAGAACUUCCUGUGGAUCGCGGAGGAAUCUCUUCUGGCACCGCUCCCUGAAGGUUGGCUCCAGCUUAAGGACGAACAGUCUGGUCAUCCCUACUACUACAAUCAGGCAUCUGGUGACAGUAGCUGGGAGCACCCACGAGACAGCUUCUACAAGGAAAUAUACAGACAGAAGAAGGCGAGGCAGCAAGAGGAUGCAUUCACUCGCACAUCUCGGCUCUAG